AUGGCAAAGAAGGUCAUUGAAAGAUAUAGUCACAACCCUGAUUAUGGGCUCUUGUAUGAGCGUUUCAGGUUCCUCUGCGGAUUGCCUCAAGACUCAUAUGCAACACAAAAUGAUGCCCCUCCAUUGAUUAUUCCUUUGAUCGAUCAACUCUGUUCGGUGAAAGCAUUGCUAGGAACUAGGAGGGUAUUCCCUGGAGAAUCCUAUCCUGAAUAUGAAGGGAUUGAAGGGGCACAUUAUGCUUAUAGGAUUUGUGAUCAAUUGAGAAAGGAGGUUUUGGUGCCGCUUCACAAGGUUCUUGAGUUGCCCGAGGUAUAUAUUGGUGCUAGAAGAUGGGACUACAUUCCCUACAACAGGGUUGCUUCGGUGCCCAUGAAGCUUUAG